GACCUUUUUAUACAGCAGCUGCUUUGCAGGCAGGCAGAGACAGACGACAGAGUUGCAGCUACACGGAAUACAAACACAGCAUAUGAGUGUUUACUCUGCACGCCUCCAUAGCAGCUAGCAUUUCUCAGAUUUGAUUUAACCGUUUCUUCUCUUAGAAGUUAAUUUUCUUUUAAAGGAAUCUAAUUUUUCCACAGCUUUGUACCGAGAGAGUGUAAGAACAGAGAGGAAAUGCAGACACUUGAAAAACUGUGCUGUUUCCUCUAGGUUAAGCCACGAGGUCUACACCAUAAUCAAGCCAGUGUUUAUUAAAUGUCAAGGUCAUUACUGGUCAUUUUUAUUACUCUUUCCUAAUAUUUGCCUCUGCUGACUAAAGCCUUUUAAAGAAAUAAUUUAGAGGAGUUUGUAGACCUCAAAUUUUACUGCAUAGAAUGCAGAUGAGGCCUUAGGGGGAGGGGGUGGUUCUGCAGUAAAAAUUUCAUAUAUUUAAACUUGUUCUGGUUCAUAGAUACGUGUUUAAACAGUUUUUUUCUGUGUAUUCUGUGAAGGGUGUUUGUUCUUCAGCAGUGUACAAUUUUAGGUUCACUCUACCUUUAGGCAGACACAGGUAUGUCAGUACUGGAGCCUCAGCAUCAAGGUUCAAAGAGGAUGAUGUCAUUCUGUCCUACCAGAGACCUCAGUCUAAGAAAACAGAGACUUCACCAUCCAGCUCUGCUCUGAAGCAGCCAGCUGGUCGCGUCUCCCUGCCUCCGCCCCUCCUCUUUCCAUCUCUCCUUUAAGGGGGGGACCCCCUCCUCUAUCGCACCAGGGCGGCUUUCCUGCUGCCCAGCUGUGCUACCAGUGAGCUUUCUCACAGUUUGUUUUUUUCUCCAGCUUAAUUGCAGUUUUAGAAAGUGAAAUAAUGUCUGGAUAAAACCUGAUGACAUUUGGCAGUUUUAUGAAGUGGGAUACGUGGAAAUGUCUUGUGUGGUUUGCAGGAAGAAUUUAGAUAGUACCACAGUGGCAAUUCAUGAUGAAGAGGUCUACUGCAAAUCCUGCUACGGAAAGAAGUACGGGCCAAAAGGCUACGGGUACGGCCAGGGCGCAGGCACGCUCAACAUGGACCGGGGCGAGAGGCUGGGCAUCAAGCCCGAGAGUGUUCAACCUCACAGGCCGACAACAAAUCCAAACACUUCUAAAUUUGCUCAGAAAUACGGAGGUGCUGAGAAGUGUUCCAGAUGUGGGGAUUCUGUAUACGCUGCCGAGAAGAUCAUUGGAGCUGGAAAGCCCUGGCACAAAAACUGUUUCCGAUGUGCUAAGUGUGGGAAGAGUCUUGAGUCAACAACUCUGACUGAGAAAGAAGGUGAAAUCUAUUGUAAAGGAUGCUACGCGAAGAACUUUGGGCCCAAGGGAUUUGGCUACGGCCAAGGAGCGGGGGCCCUCGUUCAUGCUCAGUAGAGGUGCAAACCCAGAACCGAGCAAGAUCACACACCGAGUCUCUACAGAAUCUAGGCGUAGGUAACCUAACACUCAACCACUGUGAAAUCCUGCAGUACGGAAGUACUGUGUGCCGCCUUGUGCUUGGAUAGGCUGGCUGACUAGUAGGAAGAGAGCACUACAUCUUUUCACUUUAUUCAUCAGUAUUUCAAGAACUAUUUCUUUUACAUUUUAAAUAAAACUUCAGCUUGGUUUGGG